AUGGCGGCAGCGACGCUCCCAUCCGCCUCCGCCAAGGUGGCGGUCCGGAACAUAGCCCGCGCCGUGUCCUCGAGCCAACCGCUCCUCCUCCUCCACGCCUCCUCCCGCCGCGGCCGCGGCCUUCACCCCCUCCCCCUCGCCGCCUCCGCCGCGUCCCAGGGCGCCCACCUCCGACGCGCGCUUUCCGUCUCCGCCUCCGCGGCCGCUGGAGGGAACAACGGCGCCGCACCGCGCGCGGCCGAGAGGGAGUACGACUACGACCUCUUCACCAUCGGCGCGGGGAGCGGGGGCAUGCGGGCGUCGCGCGUUGCGUCCGCCCUCUACGGCGCCCGUGCCGCCGUCUGCGAGAUGCCCUUCGCCACCGUCGCGUCCGACGCCCUCGGCGGCGUCGGUGGCACGUAA